AUGCCCCCCGACGACGAGGAUGAGGAUGAGGAUGAGGACGAAGGCGACGGCGACGGCGACGAGGAAGACCCCGAGGGAGAGCCGGCUGAUCCGGAUGCCCCGGCCGUCCUCGACCCCGAGGGCGAGGAGAACGCCUCGUACGCCUCCCCGUACACCUCCGGCGCCCUCUUCUUCGACGACUUCCAGUCCGGCCUGUCCAAGUGGAUCCACACUUCCCACCCGGAGUACAUCACCGAAUUCAAGGUCGGUCAGGGCGCCAAGCCCACCUUCAAGGGCGAUCGUGCGCUCAUCAUCCCGGUCAGGGCGAGGAAGUACGCCCUGUCGUCAAAAAUUGCCGGCCUCGAUCGCCUCGACCAGACUGACCUCGUCUUGCAGUACGAGGUCAAGCUUGACGAGGGCAUGACUUGCGGAGGUGCGUACAUGAAGCUCCCCACCGCGGCCGAUUUCGAUCCCGCCAAGUUUGACGGCUCCACCCCGUAUAGCAUCAUGUUCGGCCCGGACAGGUGCGGUCCGACCGACAAGGUUCACUUCAUCUUCCAGUCGAAGAACCCCGUCACUGGCAAGAACUCCGAGCAUCAUCUCAUCGAGCCCCCGACAGUCGCCAACGUCUAUGACAAGAAGACCCACUUGUACACCAUCAUUGUCAAGAAGGACGGCAACUUCCAGAUGUUCAUUGACGACGAACUCAAGAAGGACGGUACCCUUAGCACAAGCUUCGCUCCUCCUGUGCAGCCGCCGAAGGAAAUUGACGAUCCCGAAGACAAAAAGCCGGCUGACUGGGUUGACGACGCUAAGAUCCCAGAUCCCGAGGCCACUAAACCCGAAGAUUGGGAUGAGGAAGCACCGAAGGAAAUUGUCGACGAGGACGCCGAAAAGCCUCAAGGUUGGUUGGAUGACGAGCCGGCCACUAUUCCCGACCCCGAGGCCAAGCAGCCUGAAGAAUGGGACACCGAAGAGGAUGGUGAGUGGGAGGUACCCACUAUUCCGAACGCCAAGUGCGAUGAGGUUGGGUGCGGUGAGUGGAAGCCCCCGAUGAAGGCCAACCCCGCAUACAAGGGCAAAUGGAGUGCCCCUAAAAUCGACAAUCCCAAAUACAUUGGCGUAUGGAAGCCGCGUAAGAUCCCGAACCCCGAAUACUACGAGAUUGAGAAUCCUACUCUUCUUCCAGUUCAUGGGCUCGGGUUUGAGAUCUGGACCAUGGAUCAGGGCGUCCUCUUCGACAACGUAUGGCUGGGCAGCGACAUCUCCGCCGCUGAGAAAUUCAGGAAGGCCACGUUCGUAGAGAAGCAGAAGACCGAAUUAGAACGCGAGGAGGAGGCCAACAAGAAGGCUGAAGCUGAAGAAAAGGUAUCUCGCGGGGGCAGGGAUGGAAAAGUUGGAGCUAUCUUGGACAAGAUGGAGGAUGCCGUUGACAUGCUGGAGGACAAGCUUCGACCAGUUGAAGAAUUCAUCAUCAGCAAGGGUGGAGAGUCAUACCUGAACAAGCUCAUCAAUAUGGGCGUUCAGAAGCCGAUGAUCAUGGUUGUCGGAUUUCCGAUUGCACUCGUACUGGUCUUCCUCAUCCUUCUCAGUGGAAGCAAGAAGAAGGCACCAACCCCGGAAGAAGCUGCUGCCGCUGCUGCUGCCGAGAAGAAGAAGACCGAUGCAGCAUCGCCGGAUGAUGCUGCCGGAAACGCUGAUACCUCAUCGACUACAACUGCCGAGCCGGAGAACAAGACGAUUCGCAAGCGUCGCACGGCCACUGCAGAUUAAGAAAACUGGACAUAUGACAUGGGGUGGGUAGGGUUGUCGUAUUAACUGGUGGUAAUGGUGUGUAGCAGUAAAUGCAUAAUAACUUGAUCAUUGUCAUC